AUGUUUCGUCUGACAUCUCGAGCGAGCAGCAGAUCAGCUUGUAGUUCGGUCGAAGCGCGACUUGAAAAGCUCAAGGGAGGAUCGGUCGACUUCCAAGUCAACAAGAACAUCGGUUACAUCAGGAUUAACAACCCGAAGAAAUUCAACGCUCUCACUGGCAGGAAUGGGUUCGAACGAAGAAUUCUGCUCUGGAAGAAAUUAAAAAAUGGAACCCGAAAAAGAAGGCAACUUUUCCGAAACGCCCCAACAGCCACCGAUUUGAGAAUAGCCGCUCCAGAAGCAAAGUUGGCCACUGUUCACAAGAACCUCGCCCUUCAGCCAGGCUGGGCUGGUGCUACUCGUCUUGUUAGGCUGGUCGGCGCUCAGAACGCGCUAUACAUGCUCAGCACCGCCAAAGUCUUCAACGCACAGGAAUUAGUUGAUAUUGGCUUUUGUGUCCCAGAGAUUAUCGAAGAUAUUGAAGUCAAGGAUUAA